UUAGCGACCGUCAUAUUGGCUGUCAAGAAAGAAGGAAGACACGACCGAGAGACGGAGGCUCGAAAAAAAUCUGGCCCUGGAUCAAACGGGCAUUCCAGAGCGCCACAAUUAUAUACAAUUAAAACGUUUUUCCUCAUGUAUGUGUAAAAAACGGACCUCAGGAAUGCCCAGUCGGGAUCUCGGGCGUUAUAACCGUCACGGGAAAGCUAGUGAAGGAGAGCGAGUCCGGGUCUGACAUCUUUACAUAGCCAUCUUUUUAGAGACAAAAGAAGGCUACAGAGCUGCAGAGUGCGCUGUCUGAGGUCCUCGUCUCCAAUCUAUGGAGAAAGUGAGAAGGAUGUGGAGCAACCUCAGAAGCAGAUGUCAAACCCUGUUUAACACCAGUGGCUCAGAAGCAAGUGUAUGGAAUACGGAUAUGGAUCGUGUCCACUGUGUGGUGGACAUGGGUGCACCUUCUCAUGGAGCACACACAGGUGAGUCCCAGGAUGAUCUGGGCUCUGCUCCUUCACAGGUUACCUUAGGAGGCGGGGGACAUAGAGGCCACAACUGUGUGGCAGAUAGUCCCCAAUUUAUUGAGAUCACACUUGACAAAGAAAGUGAGGAUCCACGAAGGGUUCCAAUUGUGCGUAGAGAUUCUUAUUCCCGGCAUGCUCCUUGGGGAGGUAAGAAGAAACACUCUUGCUCCACUAAGACACAGAGCUCCCUGGAGGCAGACAGGCGGACAGGACGUUCAAGAGGCGGUUCGAGCAGGCGGGAACGUUGCCAUGGGUCCAGCUCCAUCCAGGAAGUGGGUGACACUGAAGGAGGGGUCAGUGGGCAGAGCUUAAGUGUUCGCUCUGUACGGCAGCGGCUAAAGGACACUGUAGGCUUAUGCUUGCCCCUGCCAUUGCCCCGCCACCCUCGGUCGGCCAAGAGCCAGGUUUCCUCUAAGCGCAAGAUCCAUAUAACAGAGCUGAUGCUGGAAACUUGCCCAUUCCCACCGGGCUCUGAUCUGGCCAACAAGUGGCAUCUCAUCAAGCAGCACACAGCGCCAGUCAGCCCUCAUUCCUCCAAUGCAAUGCUGGAUGCUUUUGACUCAACACGUUCCUCCCCAGAGGAUGAGGAGGAGAGGCUCCGUGAACGACGUAGAUUAAGUAUAGAGGAAGGUGUUGACCCUCCUCCAAAUGCACAAAUUCACACACUGGAGGCUACAUCACAGAGAGCUACACUUUACAAGCUGGGACCAAAGAUGGCCCCCUGUUCUGGAGAAGGACAUGGGGAGGUCAAAAAUAUGGGGGCUGGAACAGUGGGUUUGUCUGGGAUAAUGGCCCAAGUUGGGGCGAGCAUGGCAGUGCCAUCCCAGCCUGUUGACUGUGACUCUGAGGAGGACUCGACCACGCUGUGUUUACAGGCUCGGAGGCCUAAGCAGAGACAUGCCUCUGGAGAUGGACAUUCCUCCAAACAGCCAGGACCCUGGAAGGUUCACACACAGAUUGACUUUAUCCAUUGCCUGGUGCCUGAUCUACUGGCCAUCACAGCACUUUCCUGUUACUGGGGAGUGAUGGAUCGCUACCAGGCGGAGGCAUUGUUGGAUGGCCGGCCAGAAGGCACCUUUCUACUACGUGACUCUGCCCAGGAGGACUAUUUAUUUUCUGUCAGCUUCCGCCGAUACAACCGUUCUUUGCAUGCACGCAUUGAACAGUGGAACCACAACUUUAGCUUCGAUGCGCACGAUCCCUGUGUCUUCCACUCUACAACAGUCACAGGUUUGUUGGAGCACUACAAAGACCCAAGCUCCUGUAUGUUUUUUGAACCAUUGCUCACAGUCCCCCUCCACAGGACCUUUCCUUUCAGCCUGCAGCAUCUGGCGCGUGCUGCCAUCUGCAGUCAGACCACCUAUGAUGGCAUCGGUGCCCUGCCGCUGCCACCAGCUAUGCAGGAUUUCCUCAAGGAGUAUCACUAUAAACAGAAAGUGCGUGUUCGCUGGCUAGAAAGAGAACCACCUUUCAAGGUCAAAUAAACCCCAGUUCUGUGGCUGAUGGAGGCAGGAGCAUUGAAAGCAAGAGAUUCUGCCAAUCAUGUCGGAUCAGUUCAACACCACACUUUAGACAUAUGGCAUAUAUUAAUUUUUUUUUAUUUUUUAUAGUAAACACUUGGAAUACAUGGUUGGUAAUAGUCAGUAUGUGCUACCUGACAAGCAGGAUUAUUUGUUGAUCAGGACUGGAUCGAAAUGGUUUAUUCCUCACUGCUUAUUUUCUUUGACGAUAGCUAGCGGAUAUGCUUCAGCCUGCCUGCUAAAACGUCUGCAUACUGCUGCAUUCUCUCCCAUUUUACCUUAUAUGGUCCCAGGACAUUUACUAUGAAAAUGGAAAACAACCGACAUAAAUGCUAAAUUUUAUUUUAUUUUUUAAAGUGUGCUAACUCAAAGUUACAUUCCUUUUAAACUAAUAUUUAGACAUAUAGAACAAGAUUCAUUACAUAACUCGUGGCUAUUUUACCAGCAACAAAUUAAAAUGACUAUUAACCAUACCUUCUAGACAGUCAGGGUUUAUGAGGUAGACUUAACUAUUGGGCAGGGUGACUGUCAGUAAAUUUUAACACUAGGCUUGUCUUUUUAAUGCCUAGCACAAAAGUACUACACGAAGAGGAGGAAAUGACCAGUAAAAGAUAUUUCCUGUUAUCCACCAGCUACGCAGAGGACUUGCAAAUACACAGACACGUAUAAUGUGCUGUACGGUCGAGGCUGCACUGUCAACUCUCAGCACGAUCACCAUUGAAAUUAGUCUGUUGUUGUUGUGCUUUUCUUUUUGAGGGAGGGACAAACGGGCACUUUGUCUUUUGAGCAGUAAACUUUUUAAAUUGAACAUAUGCAGUAUCAGAACAUGAGUGUUAUUACUUCGACCCGACAUGGGUUCAUAAGUGUUUGUCACUGUCGACUCCUAAACUGUAAUCUGGUGGUCUGUGUUUCACACUGAUCUGUGUUGUCUAGUUAGUCCUUUUUUAAAAUUGUUAAAUUUACCUGUGGUUUUAUGGGGAAGAAAUGGGUUAUAUUUGAGGCGUGUACCUUCACCUCACUAUGACUGUCUUCACUAUAGACGCAGCAUAUAAAGAUGCCAUUUGUACACUUGUUAUUAGUAUUGAUGGCCUGUUUUCUUAUUUGUGGUUAGUUCCACUUGCAUUGCACUUUUACCCAUCGUGGAGCAUAUUGCUUCAGUAUGCUUCCUGUCAAUUUUGUGUGCACUAAAGAGUGAGGCUCAUUUAACACUGUAACAAAUUAUGGCUUAGCCAACUCUUUUAACCAUAUAGCCUAAGGGCGCUUUCACAACUAAUAGUCCGUUUGCUGAGUCCAAGUCAGAAUGAAUUUGAUACUUUUGGUUUGGUGUCACAAUGCACGUUAUUAAAUGAGCCAAAAAGCAAAAACACUUUGGCUAAGAGGUGUAUAUGUCUCAAAAGUUACUUGUAAAACUCUUCCGUUGAUUGGUCAGAAAUACACACACGCAUGUGUAAAUCACUUGAGCAUGGAGAACAGAGCUGAAGUUAAAUAAACAAUUUGUUGAUUCUAUACAUGUUUUGUCUAUAGACCCAUUUACUGUUUGUAAACAAAGACGGCUGCGCACGCACCCUGGCAGCAGA